CAAUAGGAAAAAUGGAGGAGAUCCUCAAACCCUGAGGCUGGGAUUUCGUUAUAUUUAAUCCUCUGCACUUAGUUUGUCUCUACUGCCAUUUAAAUUUCCCCAUCCCAUAUUCGACCUCUACUCCUCUUUAUCAUCUUCACCUUCCUCACAAUUGCUAUUUUGUCACCAUCUCCACCAGAUCCACUUCCAAGAUCCUCCUUUUCAAUUCCCCUUCCCUUUUUAUUCAUCUUCUUCUCCAGUAACAAUCUCUGCAAGCAAAAAAACCACCAUUUUCCUUCUUCAGAAAUGGGUACUGGUUGGAGAAGAGCUUUCUGCACAACAAUCCCAAGAGAUAGGGAGCUCAAAUUUGGGGAUAAACAUCUUCUUCAAGAUCAUGAACCUAGCCUGCGUUGCAAAACUACCUCUGCUUCUUCAAAUAAUGAUGAUAACAACGGCGAUGUUUUUACUCCAAACCUCCAUUGCAGAACCACCACUCCCAAAUCUAAUUCUUCCAAUUCCAAGACCCCCAGAUUUUCUCAGCCCUCCAAUCCUGCAUCACCCAGAUCCCCCUUUUCAAUCCUCAAGAACACUCUCCGUCUAUCUAAGCAUAGCUGCGGAAUCUGUAUGCAUAGUGUGAAGACAGGGCAGGGGAUGGCGAUUUACACGGCGGAAUGUUCGCAUUCUUUUCAUUUCCCCUGCAUCGUCUCCCACUCCAGAAAACAGAGCACUCUGUUUUGUCCUGUCUGCAACCGCGUCUGGAAAGAUGUUCCCCUGCUCUCCGGUCACCUUCUUAGUCGGAGAGAAGAAAUGGGCUUUGAGCGAGAACAAGAACAGGUUGAACAGAAUAAAAUCAUCAGAGAAAAAACGGAACCGGAGAAUCUCCCAAGCAUCAAACAGCAGGGAACUUGUUUGAAGACGUACGAUGAUGACGAGCCGUUACAUUUUCCGGCCGCCGGUUCCGGGAAGUUUACGGCGAAUAAUGAGGUGAACGAGAUGGAGGAUGAAGAGGUGGAAGAGUUUCAGGGAUUCCUCGUAAAUCCGGUUUCAAGCGACGAAGUCUCAGCGAAUCAUCAUAAGGAGACAAGGGACGUGGAGUUUACGAUAUUGCCCGAAGCCGCUAUUGUCUCCGUAGGCGGAACGCAUGUGACCUACGCCGUCGUUCUAAAGGUGAAAGCGCCGCCGCCGCAACUGCCGGCGGGGUAUGGGAGCAGCGGUUCCGGUCAGUUCUCCGACACGGCGCGACGGGCGCCAAUCGAUCUGGUGACUCUGCUCGACGUCAGCGGAAGCAUGAACGGCCCGAAGCUACAGAUGUUGAAACGAGCCAUGGGUUUGGUGAUUUCCUCUCUCGGCUCGGCCGACCGGCUUUCUAUCGUGGCUUUCGCCGCCACGUCAAAACGGCUGCUUCCGUUGAGGAGAAUGACGGCGCAGGGUCAAAAGUCGGCCAGAAAGAUCGUUGACCGGCUUGUGUGUAGCCAAGGGACUUGCGUAGGCGAUGCUCUGAGGAAAGCCGCUAAAGUCCUUGAAGACCGGCGCGAGAAAAACCCGGUCGCGAGUAUUAUGCUAUUAUCAGACGGACAAGACGAUCAAGUUCCAAAAACCGGCGAACCGGACGGCCGCCGAGAGACCGUCAAGCCGUCCUCCACCCGGUUUUCCCACAUUGAAAUCCCGGUCGGCUCGUCCGGCUUAGGGAGGAAAGCUGGCUAUAGCCACUCCCCGAAUGUGGAUGCCUUCUCAAAAUGCUUGGGAGGAUUACUGAGUGUGGUGGCUCAAGAUCUGCGAAUCCAACUCGGUUUCACCUCGACCCGGGAACAGGCCGAGGUGGUGGCGGUUUAUUCCUACCACGGCCGACCGGCGGUUCAAAACCGGAGCUCCGUCCGGCUGGGAGACCUAUACGCGGAUGAGGAGAGAGAAUUACUCGUGGAAGUGAGGGUUCCAUCCGCUGCAGUUGGGUCCCACCACGUGUUGUCAUUAAAAUGCUGUCACAUUGACCCUGCCACGCAGGAUAUGGUCAACGCCAGAGAGCAGUGUCUGUUAUUACCGAGGCCACAAGCCGUCGGAUCAUCUUCUUCGUUGGAGAUCCAACGGUUGAGAAACUCUUUCGUCGCCACUCGGGGAAUGCGAGUUCAUAACGGCUCGUGCUACGAGUGUGUCAGAGGGUUGGGCGGUGGCGAGUUGACGGAAGUGCAUGUUGGAAAGCAUAAUCUGCCGUGGAAGAAGACGGGGAUCCAACGGCGGAAGGUGGCGGAGUUCGCGGAUGAAGACGGCGAGCCGCUAACGCCGACUUCAGCAUGGAGGGCGGCGGAGAAGCUGGCUAAAGUAGCCAUGAAGAAGAAGCCGGCUAGUAGAGUCAGCGACUUACACGGUUUCGAAAAUGCACGGUUUUGAUAAUUUUUUACCAUUGCAUGUCCAGUUUAAUUUUUUCAAUUUAGUAAAAUGAUCUUUGAAUUUCAAUUUAGAAAAACAGUGUAAUGGAUAAAUAUAGUCAUGUGUGAUCU